UGUGGCUGGGGAUUGGAUCUGAACUACUGAUUCCCAGGUCCAUUUAGAAGAGAGGACAUAGAUAAACAAAAUUGGAAUUGCGCUAGGGAGCUGGAACCCUGAUAGGAAGGCCUUGUUUGACAUAUCUAUAUGCUGACUCAUGAGCACUCUCUGUUCCUCAGCAUCCUUUAUCUGUAAUAUGAAACACAUAGCCUGUCCUGCUAUAUACAAUACACUAGCGUAUUUGUACGAACAGCAAGUAGAUAAUUCUCAUGCUCCUUAGUAUUUUUAAUGAUUUUGAAAAUGCACUUCUUUCAAGGCCCAUGACAAAAUAAUUUUCUCUUUCUUUUCUUUUCUCUCCUCAGAAACAUGGAUUCCAACGUCUUCCAGAAUCAAUUUACUUGCUCCAUGUGCAUGAAUUAUUUCAUAGACCCAGUCACUAUAGGCUGUGGCCACAGCUUUUGUAUGCCUUGUCUCUGUAUCUGCUGGGAGGGAGCCCAACAUCCUCCUCGCUGCCCCGUGUGCAGGGAAAUAUCACAUCAAACGAAUUUUAAAACCAAUAUUAUUUUGAGGACACAGGUAUUCCUUGCCAGACGGGCAAGACCAUACCAGUUCCUGAGCUCUGCAGAACAGAUGUGUGAGAUACACCUGAAAACAAAGAACUUCUUCUGUGAGGUUAUCAAGGACUUUCUCUGUCUGCUCUGCUGUAAAUCUAAGGAGCAUGUGGCUCAUAGACAUUGUUCCAUUGAUUGGAUUGCUGAGGAAUACCGGCAAGAGCUCCUGAAACAAAUGAGGUUUGUGUGGGAAAAGACACAAGAAAAUCAGAGAAAUCGAAACAGAGAAAUCAGGAAAAUCAGAACAUGGGAGGGUUAUGUGACUCUACGGAGGAAGAUGAUCCGGACUGAAUAUCAGAAGGUGUGUCAAUUGCUCUACAAGGAAGAGAAACAUCACUUGGAGAGAAUAGAAAAGGAAAGCAGAGAGAUUUUGCAACAACUCAAGGAAAGUGAAGACAGUAUGGACCUAAAGGGGAAACUCCUAAGAGGAAUGUAUGAGGAGCUCAAGGAAAUGUGCCAUAAACCAGACAUGGAACUGCUGCGGCAUUUUGAAAACAUAUUGAAAAGGAGUGAGUCAGUGCAGCUGCACAUGCCCCAACCUGUGGACUCACAGCUCAGUUCAUGGCCCAUCACUGGACUGAUAGACAGGCUCAACCGAUCCCAAGGUAACAGGCAACUUUUUGGUGGUACAGCUGCAAAUUCUCCUCUCUUAAGCCUGCUCCCGCUCCUGCAUGAAGACCCAGUGGGCUCUUCUACUCUGUGCAUCUUCGGGGAACGCACAGAGGGAGGCCCCGCACAGCCCAGGGGUCACUGGUGGAGAGCGGGCAGGAGGGAGCAGCAGGGUGGUCCUAAAGCUUCUCUCCUUCCCAGUUUUACACUCAGUGUCUGCAGCCCUCUCCCUCAACGCCUGCAGUCCCAGGGGACCCAGCUGGGCUUGGCUCCUGGACUGAGUGGGCAGAGUGACUUGGUGACAUUGCUGCCCAGAAGAGCUCUGGAACCUCUGUGCUUGACUGAAAGAGCAGCUGCAGGCAAGGAGAGGGGAGGGUGGGAGCCGUCUGUGGUGGAAACGGAGGCAUCUGCAUUUCUUGUGGUGUUUGCCCAGCGCUGGUCCUUCUCAAUGUGA